GAAAUUAUCAAGAAGGUUCGUCAGUCUUAUACCUUUAAAGAGAAAGCCAAUAUCGUUCGAUAUACUCUUCAUGAAGGCAAUUUUAGGGCCGCUGCCAAGUUUGGUUUAGAUAAGACUCAAGUUGGUCGUUGGGUAAUGAAGUUAAAGGAUAAACUUGAUGAGAUUGAUCAUAGCAAAUCUUGUCGUCUUGAAGGCGGUGAUGAAUCUGGUAUAUUAUCAUGGGCCGAUAAUUAUAUAGCAGAUCGUUCAGGUGGUCAGGAAAAUGAACCCUCUCUUCUUGUCUUUGAUUCAUUCAGAGCACAUAUUACUGAUGCAGUUAAAAAGAAGCUUCAAGAGAAUAACAAUAACCUUGUUGUAAUUCCCAGUGAGUUAACUUCUGUGUGCCAACCACUUGAUGUUUCAAUCAACCGCCCCUUCAAAGUAGCACUUUUACUUGCUGUGUGGGCAGAAAUUGAUCCUGAGAUUAUUCGCCAUGCCUUUCGCAAGUGCUCUAUUUCUAAUGCUAUAGAUGGAUCAGAGGAUAGUAAGAUAUAUCAUGAUGAAAUCCUUAAUAAUACUAAUGAAGCUAAUGAAAAUAAUCCUGAUAUGGAUUCUGAUGAUUUAGGUGAAAAUGAGGAAGAUUUUGAGUAUAAAGAAAAUCAUGAUGCAACAAUUGAAGAAAAUGAGGAUGUUCUUCUUUUUACAAUAGAUUAA